AUGGCGAUGCUGAUGGGAUCGACGAGCGCAACGCUUCAUGUCGUCGGUGGUCGUCAAGGAUGGGAUGUGCCCGACAAUGUCACCUUCUACCAAGAUUGGGCCAAACCUAGGACCUUCGGCGUGGGUGACCAACUCAUUUUCCCAUACAGGCCGGGCUCCAACAACUUGCUGGCCGUCCAGAAGAAGGGCUACGAGACAUGCGACAUGAGGAACCCCAUCCACGUGUACUACAUGGGCCCCACCAUCCUCAACCUCACCGCCGUCGGCGACUACUACUACGUCUCCUCCUCCGGCAGGCACUGCGAGUUCGGCCAGAGGCUCCACAUCACCGUCAAGAACGCCCCUGGCUCGUCCGGCGUCAAAAUACCCAUCAAAAUCCACCACUGA